AUGAACGGGGACAGUUAUUCGUCACGUGGCGCAGAGGGCCGAAGCGGUCGGGACUAUCCUACUUCUAGGGGAGAUCGAGAAGACCGCCGCGACCGCCAUAGAGACCGGGAUCGUGACCGCGACCGUGAGAGAGACCGGGAUCGGGGGGACCGUCACCGUGAUCGCAGACGAUCAAGGUCACCAGACCAUCGUGGUGGGCAUCGUCGUGGAGAUGGUGGUGAUGUAGAUGCCUAUUCCUCCAGCCGCAACCACCGCGACAGAGAACGAGAGGACAGAUAUUCUGGACGCGAUCGAAGGGGAGAGCGUGACUGGGAUCGAGAUCGAGGUUCCUCGCGCAGAGAUGCCCGGCGCGAUGAAGACGAUAGACCCAACAGGCGAGACCGAGAAGGCGUCGAUGAUCGUCGCCGUGGUGGCCGGGGCGGAGAUCGACGAGAUGAUGGUUUUGCACGACAAGAGAGUCGCAGAAGCCCAUCUCCUGCAAAGCCACGAGAACCCACCCCGGACUUGACAGACAUUACUCCGGUUCUGGAAAGGAAGAGGAGGAUGACUCAAUGGGAUAUUAAACCACCGGGGUACGAAUUGGUAACGGCUGAACAGGCAAAGCUGUCGGGUAUGUUCCCAUUGCCCGGAGCCCCGCGACAGCAGCCGAUGGACCCUACAAAGCUCCAGGCUUUUAUGAAAGAGCCAAAUGGUGGCGUCUCGAGUGCUGGUCUGAAAGCAAGCAACUCUCGUCAAGCGAAGCGUCUUAUUGUUUCCCACAUUCCCGAAGGAAACAGCGAGGAGAACCUUCUAUCCUUUUUCAACCUUCAGCUCAAUGGCCUGAAUGUUAUUGAGAGCUCAGAUCCAUGCAACCUCUGCCAGUUCUCAACCGACCGGUCGUUUGCAGUCUUGGAAUUCAGGAAUGCUGGUGAUGCUACGGUGGCUCUUGCCUUGGACGGCAUAAAUAUGGAGGCAGACGACACCAUGAAUGGAGACGGUGGUGAGAAACAGGGCUUAUCAAUUCGACGCCCCAAGGACUACGUUAUGCCAGCUAUCCCCGAGGAAAUGGCUUACGACCCCAAUGUCGUAUCAAAUGUCGUACCUGACACGGUGCACAAGUUGUCCAUCACGAACAUCCCGACGUUCCUUACCGAGGAUCAGAUAAUUGAACUCCUCGCUGCAUUUGGAAAGCCGAAGGCAUUUGUUCUCGUAAAAGACAGCAGCACUGAGGAAUCAAGGGGUAUUGCCUUUGCGGAAUAUCUCGAGCCCGGUUCUGCCAACGAGCCCGCGCUGAACGCCUUAAAUGGCAUGGACGUCGGGGGCAAGAAGCUGAAAGUCUCCAAGGCUAGCAUUGGUCCCACUCAGGUUGCCAAUUUCGAUGUUGGCAUCACAGCCAUCAGCGGUCUCGCCUCUCAGACUUCUACCGAUGCCGAGAAGGGACGCGUGCUUCAACUCCUCAAUAUGGUGACCCCAGAGGAGCUAAUGGACACAGAAGAAUACGAAGAAAUCUGCGAGGAUGUCCGCGAGGAAUGCUCCAAGUUUGGAAAUAUCCUGGAACUUAAGAUCCCCCGCCCAGUGGGUGGCAGCCGACAGUCUGCCGGAGUUGGCAAGAUAUUCGUCAAGUUUGACACGCCAGACUCUUGCCACAAGGCAUUGACUGCAUUGGCAGGCAGAAAGUUUGCCGACCGAACCGUCGUUACCACAUACUUCCCUGAAGAAAAUUUCGACGUGGGUGCCUGGUGA